GGUUGUAUUGCCGCGAGAACUCAGCCUAGCCUCUCCGCUGAAGAUUGGGACAGUCAAGGGGAGGAAAGGGAUUCGUCUGCGAACAGUGCUGCUUCUUACACCCACGACCUUAGAAAAUACAUUGCAAGCUGUCGUUCAAAACAAUUUCCUCCACACAUAACACAGUUUAGCGAUUUCCAUGUCGAGACAGCAUGCAGUAAUAAGCGACACACAUUGACUCCCGGUACCUUUCACUGCUGUUGGACACACGAGAAGAGAAGGAAGGCAGCGGUCUACACUGAACUUUAUAAACGGCAGUAAACCCAGCGGCUACAGUCAUGGCAGAGAAAAUCGACAAUUUCCCCCCUCUGCCUGGGUUCAUUCCCCUGAAGCCAUGCUUCUACCAAGACUUCAAUGAGAUUCCUGAGCAGCACCGCACCAUGGCCAAGCGUCUGUAUCACCUCUGGAUGUUGAACAGCAUCACUCUGGCAAUGAAUCUGAUUGGCUGCCUGGCAUGGAUGUGUGGCGGAGGAGGAGCUGUCAAUUUCGGAAUGGCUAUUCUGUGGCUCAUCCUCUUCACUCCCUGCUCCUAUGUGUGCUGGUUUAGGCCCAUUUACAAAGCCUUCAAGUCAGACAGUUCCUUUAAUUUCAUGGCCUUUUUCUUCGUUUUUAUGGCUCAGACGGUAAUCAGCAUCAUCCAGGCUGUUGGUAUCCCGGGCUGGGGGGUCUGCGGAUGGAUAGCGACAAUCUCAUUUUUCGGCACUAAUGCUGUCUCUGCAGUGUUCAUGUUGAUCCCAACUAUAAUGUUCACAGCUGUUGCUGUCAUCUCUUUUAUAGCUCUCACUAAGGUGCACAACUUCUACCGCGGCUCCGGGGGCAGCAUGAGCAAGGCCCAGGAUGAGUGGACCACGGGGGCCUGGAAGAACCCUCACGUGCAGCAGGCAGCCCAGAACGCAGCCAUGGGGGCGGCACAGGGAGCCAUGGUACCACCACCCGGGGAGGCUCAGUACUCCUCCACCCCCAACUACUCCUAUGAGAACCAGAUGUAGGCUCUGAAGAGGGAGGGAGGGGUGAGAAAGCACAGCACAGGGCAAGCUUGUACAGAGUCUAGACAGAGUCCAGAACCGACCCACAACCAACAAUUUAAUUUCCUGCCGCACUGCCUGCUGGGAGGGGCCGGGCGGGAGCAGCGGCUUCUCACCUGUGCCUUCUCCUGGUUUAGGCUAGUAUCAGUAUCCCAGGUGGGUACACAGCAGGGGGUGACACCAGCCCAAGCCCGGCACCUAGUCCUGGUUCGCACCACCAUUUAGGAAUAUUGUUUAAAUGGCCAUGUAGGUGCGCAGAAUAAAAAAAAAAACUAAAAGAUAGUUGAGUGAAAUGACAAAUGUUUUGACUAGUGUCUGUGUGUGUGUGGGGGGGGGGGGGCAGUUUAUUAAACAAGCUGAAGACAGAAGAUUGAAAAGAGAUCUAGCCCUUUGUCAUUAAAACAAUUUCUGAAGCAGGGCUAGUGCUGGUGUUUUAAGUCAGUUGGCCCCUUGGUUCUGAAUGAUUUGAAAGAUGCUGUCCACCAUGGGGUACUGUCACAGAGACCAUGCCCAUGUUCAGGAGUUCCAGCAUAACUGGAAACUGAAUCCUGUACACCAUGGCCUUUCAGCUGCAGCAGCUAAAAGCUAUUAAAAGAGAAUGUGCCUGUAAAAGGAAAUGCUGGCCAGCAGUUUCUAGAAUUCAAUUCAAUAUAUCAGCAUGCUUCCAUGUAUUGGGCAGUGUCUGCUUUGUGAUUUGCUGGUUUUUGGUAGGUUCGGAUCUUUGUCUCCCAACUCGCGGUUUGUCCUGCUGUUUUGAAUUAUCUGAUUGGAAACCCAUACUGGAAUUAUUAUUUGAUUUUAUUUAUUUUGUUUACUUUUUGAUAAUUUUCAAAUCAAAUCCUCUCCAGGUUGUGAUGUGCAGUAGUGACUGCGGCCGUAGGACCAUGUCCCGCCGGGACUGAGUUUGUGUUCUUGUGCAAGGUGUUUGUGAAAACUGGGCUUGUCCUUUUUUAAUUCUGUUACUAUGACGUAUGUAAACUAUUAUGUAAUAGUAAGAUGUGAUAUAAACAUGUAGAUGUAUAGAAAGAGUGUGAGCUUAUUCCUGUCCUGGAAAAGGAAUAUUCUGCCCUUUUAAUGAGAAUUUGAUGCAGCUUUUUCAUUUUGUUUUAAUCCUCAGGAAAAGUGGUAUUUUACUCUGUGAACCGACUGUAAUAAAUAAGCCGCAGGGCUGCCGUUAAAAUGCAAAAAAUUCACCACUUUUAUUAAUCUGUGUUAAAGAUGUUGCACUUUGAGUUCAAGGCAGUUACUUUUUCAAUAAUUACCUAUAUGGGAAAAUAUUUGCAGUAGCACCCCUAAUUAAUCUGUUAUAUACAGUAGACUUGUAAUCUCUAAAUUCUGUUUGUUGAAGACACCUACAUUUCCAUUAUGUUAAAAACAAUCAGGAAUUAUGUAUAAACAAACCAAACAAACUAUAUAUAUAUAUAUAUAUAUAUAUAUAUAUAUAUAUAUAUAUAAAAACAAACAAACAAACAGAAUAGCUCUCAGUCGUUUGGACAGUUUGGUGAUAGUGAGAUCUUUGUUCAUAUAGGUGGCAAACUAAAUGUUGCUGUAAAUGUAAGGUUUACUUUACCUUUCUGUUGUUUUUUAAUGUAUAGUCAGCAGUAUCCCCCUAGAAAGGUGGAGAAUGGUUGAUCCCUUUUGUAGGUCCGAAGUGGAGCGGUUAAUUAAUUGUUCCAUGAUGUCAUUCCCCUUCUGUACUGAGCUGUAUCCAUUACCAGGAGGCCCUCUGGUGACCAAACUCAAAUAUUGCACACAGCUUUGUAUAUACUGUAGUUUUUACAACAGUGAUAAAUACUUGCACACGUACACUCUGAGGCUAGAAUCAUGAACAAACUUUAUUUAAUCCUUAAAAAUAUAUAGAACUCAAUGCAUUAUAUUACUGUAUAUUGUACUAAAUGGUUUAUAAUAUAAACUCAACCUUAACUGAAUUUCAGGAGAUAACAUGUUUGACAUAUGCAGGUCUCAACCAGUAUUAGACAUCCCUGUAGGGUAUUGUUCAUAUACUCUUUCUGCAGGGUCUAGAAGAGGGUGAACUCUCUGUUUCUUUCUGCUGUGGCCUAAAUCCUUCCACACAGGAGGGGAUACUGCGGUUUUAUAAGGUGUCGCUGGAGAACAGUGUACCUACAUUUCUGUGUAUACAGUAUAGAUGCACUACCUGAGUAUUUGAGAGUGCUGUCACUGGGGCAGGAAGGAAAAACAGCCUGCUAGCCUCUCAUGGGCUGCAUUUUAAAGAGCUGCUUUAUAUUUGAAUUGCUUCUUUACUGUUUUAUGGUGUUUGUAAUUAUUCUGAGUAUUAUAACCAUUCUCUAAAUCUGCUGGUUUGGAACAGUUGUCCUCACUCCAUCCAAUCAGGAGACAUUGUGAUCUUUUAUCUUAACUACAAAAUUAUCAGAAAUCAAUGUUGGAGCAACAGAACAGAACCCAGAACUCUCUGAAUGAUUGCAAAAGCCAUACAAUGGAGAAAUGUAAAAUGAAAAUGACAUCUGAAGCUACUUGCUGUUUAACUUUAUGUUUUUAAUUGCCAUUAAAGUUUAAUGGAGGGUGUUUCACUUCGAUCACAAAACUGACUUCUUUUUUUUUAAUCUACCAACCGUAAGCUUCAGUAAGCAUCUUGCUUGCAAUGAUCGCUGUUCAAUUAUAUUCCAUGUACUGAUAACCAAGGCUUUCAAAACCUUAAGCACAACAACUUUCUCAAGUCUGUUUACCCAGUUUAUCCAGCCACCACACCAUAGACUAGCUUCCUGUGCAGCGCGUAUUAGGAUACCUCAUGAUGCCACCCUAACCCCAUACACGUCAAAGUGAGUGUGAGGUUCUAAUAUCUGCUGCACAAACUCUAUAGUGUGGUGGUAGAGUUACUGGAUUUCACCAAGGAGAAUAAAGCCUGGAAAACAGGAAAUUGAGAAGGGACUUACGAGAAGGUUGUUUUGCUAAUUGGAGGUAGCAUUAAAUCUUGUUGGAGCGCACAAAAAAACCCAAAGAAGCAACUGCAAUAUUGCGUGUUAGACAUGCAUUGUUAGCGUGUCUGUGCCGCUGUUGAAGAUGUGGUGUGUUGUUAGUGUGUAUGUGAAACUGUGAUGUGCUCUAUCUCUGAGUUGCUAGGUGACAAAGGGCCUUGGCAGAAGUGUGAUGAUUUUACCUCUACUCCAAUCCCAAGCUAUCUCAUAUUCAAUUACAUACAGUCAUUUCAAUACCCAUUUUACUUAACCUGGGUGCCAAAGCCAUUACUCUUACCCAUACACUCUAGCACUGUACAGGCAGACAAUCCCACUGCAGGCAUUCACCCCACUAAAUCAGACACUCCUUACCUGAAAAAUGCUGCUCCCACUCAUUUCUGCGUAUUGUACAGCCAGUCAGACAUUGUGCAUGAAUUGCAACAAACUGAAAGUAGCCUAUUAACUGUGGCUGAUCCUGUGGUUAGUACAGAGGACAGUAUUAAUGAUAGUCUGCAGAUAGUUUCAAUUGCAAUGAAUCAAGUGCUUCCAGAUAGACUCAAAUAGGUUUUAGGAUGUUCUUAAUUGCAACAAACACAAUUUAUCUGUCAUCUUCACCUAGAGGACUGUAAAACAAGUUAGUCCAUUGAUUAUUUAGACCAAGAGCUGUACUAAUGUUUUAGUCAUGAAUAGAACCAUUUGAUGUGUAUUUUCAAAGUAUUAAACAAAGCGAUUAUUUUUUUAAUUUAGUGUUGAGUUAACAGAAUUCUGAACGUGUAAAUAGAAACGUACAGAUAUCACUUCAGUGGUGAAAGGGUAACUUAAUAUCAUCUUGUAAAAUAUGUUUUAUUUGAACAUGUACUCUAAAAUGUGCCUAUUAAUAUUCACAUGCACUAUUAUAAUUAUUAACAAAUAUAGAAUAAAGAUAAAUUUAAUAACGCCUAACAUAAUAGUUUCAAAGUUAUACUUGAACUAUGCAGUACAAGAACACAGCCCCUCUUACUCUCCUGUCCCCGCCCCACUCUUACUCUCCUGUCCCUUCCUCCACUCCUCUUACUCUCCUGUCCCCACUCCUCUUACUCUCAUUUCCCUUCCCCCACUCCUCUUAUUCUCCUUUCCCCACCCGUACUCCUCUUACUCCUGGCCCCACCCCCACUCCUCUUACUCUCAUGUCCCUUCCCCCACUCCUCAUACUCUCUUGUCCCCACUCCUCUUACUCUCAUGUCCCUUCCCCACUCCUUACUCUCCUGUCCCCACUCCUCUUACUCUCCUGUCCCUUCCCCACUCCUUACUCUCCUGUCCCCACUCCUCUAACUCUCCUGUCCCCACUCCUCUUACUCUCAUGUCCCUU